AGCUACUGGACCACAGAUUUUGACUAGCAGGCGCUUGGAGCCUGCUGAACACACUUUUCUCUGAUCCAUCACAAAGCCUUAGGCCCAUUUGCAAGCACCCGUCUUCUUUCUAAAGCACAAUUCUCUGAAAAUAAUAAAAACAGUACAUCUGAAAGUAUCCUAUUAAAAAAAUCCCCCCUCCAAAACGUUACAUAAAUAAAGCGUGCUAUGCUUUUUACCUCUACAGUAUAUUCUAGUGUCUAUGCUCAACAUUUCAGAUGGGAGCGACACCAUUUGGCGGUCUUGGAGCUCCUAGCAUUGAGCAGAUGGCUGCUAUGGGAAUGCCCGGACCGAACAUGAACCCCCAGGCUCUUUCCGCAGAUUUCCUGAAGCUCAUGCAAUCCAUGGACCCCAAAUUGAACCUUGCAGCUGGAUUGAACUUGAGUCCAGGGCUGAAGGCUGACGCAUCGAAUAAGGAGAUUGAAGAGGCCAUGAAGAGAGUCCGAGAGGCCCAGUCUCUUAUUUCUGCAGCUAUUGAACCAGGAAGUAAGAAAGAUGACAAGCGCAAACAUUCCCGCUCUCGUUCGCGUUCACGGCGCAGACGAACCAGAUCUCGUUCAAGACACAGACGUUCGAAGAGCAGAUCUCGGCGUAGGUCUCAUUCAAGGAGCAGGAGGAGGUCCAAGAGCCCACGGAGGAGGAGGUCCUACUCCCGGGAUCGAGGCCGUCGCAGUAGAUCUAGGUCAGCUGUUAUCCUGAGGAGCAAAAUGGCUCCUGACAGGGACCGCAGCAGAGACGAACGCGAACGCUCCAACAGUAAGAAAAAAAAGAGCAAAGACAAAGAACGAGAUCGGGACCGCAAGUCCGACAGCGAGAAAGGAGAUGUUAAGGUGACUCGGGACUACGAUGAGGAGGAGCAGGGUUAUGACAGCGAAAAAGGAGAGGAGGAGGAGGACGAGAGGAAGAGCGACUCCGACUCCAUCUCGUCCCCGAAAAGCCAGGAGGAGAUGGAGAGAUCUGAGGGCCAAAUCCCCAAAAAGUCCAAACUGAACGGAGACGAUCACCACCAGGAAGACAUGGAGAUGAGCGACUAGAAACGUCCAAACCAGAUAGCAUCGUCUUUUCACUGUCCUUUUUAUAUUUUUAAUAUAGGCCACGAUAUGUCUGUGCCUGAUCGCUCGAAGUUAAACAGAUUUUGUCUUAACUGUAGAAACACUGCAAAGGAGGGCAGGCAGUGGGGUGUACGGAGGGGAGGGGGAGGCAGAACUUUUGUAAAGAUAUAAGAAACAAUUACUAAAAUAUGAAGAACAUGAAACCUGGUUUUAAAUUGUCAUUGCUGUACUUUUUAAAGAUUUUGUUAUUGGAGUUUGUCUUUCUGACAGUAGAAUACGCAGCGUUUUCCUCUAAAAACGCAGCAUCUGUAAAUAUUUUACUGGUCAGGACUUUGUCCUCAUUCACACUGCUCGUCGUUUGCCACUCACCGUUUUAUUUUUUCCAAACGAACCGUUUUGCUUUAACUGUGUAACACACCCAGCUGUGUUUCAUCUCUACUGACCUAUUUACAACCCUUUAUUAUUGUACAUUGUAGAUUGAAAUGUGUUGUGACAAUGAAAUAUGUUGUCUGCAAUAGAAUUUCCAAAGGACACAAAUAAAAUUGGGGUAAACUGUCAA